AUGCUCAACAAUCUUGCAAGAAGGUUUUCAUCGAGGUAUCAAACCCAUCUUCUCAUAAACAAUCAGUGGGUUAAGUCUAGCUCGCAUAGCACUUUCCAAACGAUCAACCCUGCAACCGAAGAAGUGAUUGCUGAAGUCCAGAGAUCCAAUGAAGAAGACGUCAACAAGGCUGUCAAAGCAGCAAGAAACGCUUUUGACAACGGACCAUGGCGCAGAAUGAGUGGAAGGGAAAGAGGCGCUCUCCUCCAUAAUCUCGCCCACUUAAUGACUAAGCAUCAGGACGACUUGGCAAAAUUGGAAACAAUUGACAAUGGAAAGCCAAUCAGCGAUUCUAAAAAUAUUGACGUCCCGUUAGCUAUUCAAUGUUACGAAUAUUAUGCAGGAGCUGCUAACAAUAUUCGAGGAUCGAAUAUUCCGAUUACAGGUCCUUACCUCUGUUAUACUAGAAAAGAACCAAAAGGUGUGGCUGGACAAAUUAUCCCGUGGAACUUCCCACUGCUUAUGCAAUCUUGGAAAUUAGGCCCUGCCCUAGCAGCAGGCUGUACUGUUAUUCUUAAGCCAGCCGAACUGACUCCUUUAUCUGCCCUGAAAGUUGGCGAGUUAAUUGUCGAGGCAGGUUUCCCUGAAGGGUUAGAUGUUGUUUCGCUCGGCAUUCUUUAGUAUCAAUACACACAUAUGUGGCAAUUUGACUAAAAUUUUAAUUGUAAGACUUUUUUUGGAGGAAAAACAUUACUAAAUUUUCCUAAUAAAUAAAUUAUAAAAAAAUUAUAAAAAAAUGGAGUCAAUCAUACACCACCCCUGAAGGAGUUGUGAAUAUUUUGCCAGGUUAUGGUGAUGCUGGAGCAGCAAUGGUAGUUCACCCUGAUAUUGAUAAAAUUGCCUUUACAGGGUCAACAGAAGUAGGCCUUGAAAUUAUGAGGAAUGCUUCAACUGGCAAUCUAAAAAGAGUUACCUUAGAAUUAGGAGGGAAAAGCCCUAAUAUUGUACUUGAUGAUGCUGAUAUGGAUUGUGCUAUUGCUCAAGCACAUAUUGGACUAUUCUUAAAUCAAGGGCAAUGCUGCAUUGCUGGGUCAAGACUUUUUGUACAAGAAUCAAUAUACGAGAAAUUCCUUGAAAAAAUUGUUGAGAGUGCCAAAACAAGAGUUCUUGGAGAUCCACUAGAUCCGAAGACUACUCAAGGUCCUCAGAUCGAUCAUGUUCAAUUUAAAAAAAUUCUUGGGUAUAUUACUAAAGGGAAGCAAGAAGGUGCAAAAUUAUUACUUGGAGGAAACAGAUGGGGAAAGAAAGGAUGGGUGAGGGGGAAAGAACUUCUUUGAGGUGUUUUGCAGAAUUUAAUUAUGAUUUUAAAUUUUAAUUUUUAGACUGAAAUAUAAAUUUUAUUUCUAGCCUUAUAUUUUAAAUUUUUUUAUUUGUAACAUGAUUUUUGAUCAUGAAUUUUUUUCUUAAACAAUUUUAUUUUACUGUUGAAUUUUCACCAUAUCAAUAAAUUUCUACGUAAAAAGAUUUGCAGAUUAGGCAAAUUUUUUUUCACUUCACCUAAAAGGAUAUUUCAUUGAGCCUAUUCCAUUUUAUAACAAAAUAUAAGGUUUUUUACUAAUCCCCCUUCUUGAGUGAGCAGAACUUUUUUGUGAAAUUAGCAACCCACAUUGAGCAAGCAAAUAUUUUGAUUUAUAAUCGAUAAGUGAUUAUUAAAAAACUAUUAAAAUUUAAACAGUUCGUCAUUCUAAAAUACAAGUUUUAUAAAUAUAUUAUUAUAGCUUUACUCUCAAAUAUUUAGGCAUGCAGAUUUUUUGAAAUUCAAAAAUAAUAAUUUUAAACGAUAAAUUUUGUUAGCAAGAACUUGGCCAGCUCACGGAGUCGGAGUAACAAUUAUGAAUACUGAUAAUGAGCAUAUAAAAGAAUACUAUUUUUGCUGAUGUCACUGAUAAUAUGACUAUUGCUAGAGAAGAAAUUUUCGGACCUGUCAUGAACAUCUUAAAAUUCAAAACUAUUGAUGAAGUCAUAGUUAAGUUAAGAUUAUAUAAAAAACUCCCUGAGGCCUGCUGGCCACUAUUCACCUACGCAUAAAGCUCCACCCUUGCUUGCCACCAUGAGUAAGGCCUUUCGCUGUGCUAAUUCUCAAAGAGGAAGGUUUGCAUCACUACCCAAAAGCCAGAUAUAUCUGGAUUACUAUAUUAUACGCCAAACGAAAUGGAAGUCAAACCUAGGACGCAACGCCUGGUAUCACGGAAAAAAUUGCCCAAUUGGCAAGUGAUCACCUCGGCGUCCCUUUCCAACUCUGACGAGCCAUCUCCCACAAAGUAUUUGCCUGAUCUGAAAAUGAACAAGGGUCACCAAAUCCCAACUUUGCAUACCACCAAAUCCGUAAAGCCUUGCUGGACAAACAUUUCCAAAUGAUGUCCUCACAUUCACAAGGUGAGGCUUAUCUGGCUAAGGUCUUAAGAGCGCUGGCUCUGCACAUCAUUUAAUUUAUAUAUGAAGAAUUCAUCCAAAGAGCAAACAAUUCUCAAUAUGGGCUUGGAGCAGGCGUGCAUACAAGAGAUAUUGAAAAAGCGCUUAAAAUCACUAAUUCAUUAAGAACUGGCACCGUUUAUGUAAACUGCUAUGAUGUUUUCCGUGAGAAUACACCUUUCGGAGGAUAUAAGAAUUCCGGAGUCGGAAGAGAACUAGGAGAACAAGGGCUCGAAAAUUAUUUGGAAAGUAAGACGGUUAUUGUGAAGACCUCAAAUGAUACUCUCCCGUAA